CAGCACACACACAACGACAGAAGCCGGAGAGGCGGCGGAGCAAGAGGCUUCCGCCGAAAUAUCUUCUCCGUCCGAACAAAAAAGAAAUCCUCGGUGGUCGCCGCCGGCGAGAGACGCGAGCACGGGACGAUGGCUUGCUGCCGGGCCCUCGCGCUCCACCUCCUCCCCGCGUCCGCUCCCUCCCUCCGCGCUCCCCGCGCCCGGAUUGGCGCCCACCGGCCCCGCCCUUCUCCCGUCCGGUGCUGCGCCGCCGCGGGCGACCAGGCGGAGCCGCCGCAGGACACCGUUCUCAAGGCCAUCUCUCAGAUAGCAAGCUCUACAGGAAGGGUUGCACAAACAACAAAUGUUGUCAUGGGUGGUACUGUAACAGAUGACGCAACAGAUGAAUGGCUUGUUCUUGAUAAAAAGGUAAAUACUUAUCCUACAGUUAGAGGGUUUACAGCAAUUGGUACAGGAGGUGAUGAUUUUGUCCAGUCAAUGGUUGUUGCUGUUGAAUCAGUUAUUGAAGAAAGUAUUCCUAAGGGUCAAAUAUCCCAGAAAGUGUCUGCAAAGGGGAAAUAUGUGUCUGUCAAAAUUGGACCUAUCCGUGUGGUUUCCAGCGAGCAGGUCCAAGCAGUGUACAAUGCAAUGAAGAAAGAUGUGCGGAUGAAAUUCUUUUUGUGAAUGACAAAUAGGUUCGGAGUGUUGUACCGCAUGAGUAAAAGCUUGCAAAGCAGAGUUGCUUGCAUUGCAUGCUACAUCACCUCUUGUUGGCGAGGUAAUUUGUGAAGGACUAAUAUGACAUGCCAGCCAGCUAGGGAAGGGAUUAGUGGUCCGAUCCAUCAUCUGCUGGAGUUUGUUCCGUUCCGUCGAUGUAGCUCGAGAUUAGUUUUGGAGACGUUUCAAUGUUCAAAGCAUCACUAUUGUGUUGUAAUUAAAAGGUGGACAUAGAAACAAGUAUAGAAUGGAAUGGGCAAUGUAUAUGUCGUGUUCGGAACUCGGAAGUGAUGAUGUUGUAGCAUUUGCAGCUGGGCUGUGCAGCAGCAGGUGUUGAAAACGUCAAAAGGAUAGGUCGUAUGUACAAGUCUUUCUCCAUUGGUUGAAUCGAUGCAAGCAUUCGGUAAUAAACGGGGAAAAAGAGGAAAAAGUAGACGCA